AUGGGAAAACAGCAAAAGCGCCGAUCUUCGCCAAAGAAAUCCGCACGGAGUAGCUCUCACAGUCCUGCACGGGCGUCGAAGCGAAGCACUGCAUCCGCCAAAUCUUCGCCCUCCAGCAACAGAUCACGUUCACGCAGCCGCUCACGUAACGUCCGCGAGGCUCCCAGAUCACGAUCGGCCUCACGCAGCCGCACUGACAACGCCUCGCCAAAGAAAACGAGUGUUGUGUCGCAAACGGUCAAAAAAUUCAAUGAGCUGAAAAGCGAUGUCAAAAAAGCUCUGCCAGUACAACGAAUUUUAGGUGAUCAAAACAAAAUUAGUUCCUACCAUGAGUCACCGUCAGUAUCGGAUAUCGGUUUGCGGCGACGCAAUCUGGCAUCUCGCAUGCUGCAACCGCUGUAUCCGAGCAACUUGAAGGUUAAAGGGCAACGCUUUAAGCGACGCCUGACCGCACACUAUCGACGACAUUCACGCCUGUACUCCAGCUUACUGAUCCUUAGCCUGAUCGCUCUAGGAUUCAGUUAUGCCGGCUACACGCUGGAGCACAUACUUAAUAGUGCUCGAAACCGCGUCAACUUGAUCACAGCUUACAUUAAAAAACGCCGCUGA